UUACCCUUCUCCUCUUGAUUUAUCUUUUCUUAACGAUUUCUGCUUUUUUCCAGAUUUCUACUUUUUUCAAUUCUGAAAACUAAUUUUUAUAUUAAAAUUUCCGUAUAAGGUGCAAUGUCAGCAUAUAAUGGCCACGUUACAUCUCCGUUUAUAAUUAUAAUAGAAAGACCAACUCAAAUAACAAAUAUACAGUUUAGGAAUUUAGUUGCACAAAAAAGGUUGAGGGAGCUUAUUGAAUAUUUGAAAUAGUUUGGGGACCCGAUGCCUUUAUUCCAAGGGGAAAAGGAAAGAACUUGAGAUUGACCUUUCUGCUCUUCCAAGGAGUCUUUAAAAGUCUCCGAACUUGAUAAAAAGUCAUGGACACCUUCACCGUGUCCACUAGCUAAUGCAGAGCGAUAGGUGGAAAUGGACCGAGUCUACCUGCUAAUGCACACCGUUAGGUGGGAAAUGGACAAUUAAAUUUGACUUUUAAGGUAUUGGCACUCGCUUGCCUAGUUCUUAUACAAAAUCUCAGCUCAUUUCUGAGCACCCAUUUUUUCUCUUUAGGGAAGAGAGAUAUCCGGAAGUAAUAAGCUUCCCAGCCAUGGCAAACUCAGAGGCCAGACCGAAUAGUGAUGUUACACGAGUAGCAAGAGCUUGGUAGACGCUGGAGUCCGUGUAUUCAGGGAUGAAGAUGAUCUUUGCGUCGGCGAAGUGAUUGGUGGGAAGCUUCUACGUGUCAUCAACAACUCCAUAAUCUACAUCCCCAUCUUCUCUCGGACUUACGCCUCUAGUAAAUGGUGCCUCCGCGAGCUUGCACACAUAGUAGACAACGAAAGCCUUUUUGAAGCACGAGAAGGAGUUUCCUAACGAAGUAGAGAUGUGGAAAAGAGCUCUUGCAGAGAUAGAUGAAAUCAAGGGAUGGAACGUGAAAAAGGACCAAGGCCAAGCAGCGAUUGUCAAAUUGGUCGUUGACAAGGUUUUGGAGAAGCUGGAGAUAAAACAAAAAUUAGUGCCCGAACAUUUAGUUAGUCUUGAUGAUCGAGUAAACGAAUUGAAAAAGUUAUUAGAUGUCGACCAGCCUGACGUGCGACUCAUUGGAAUUUACGGAAUGGGUGGUAUCGGUAAAACAACUAUUGCCAAGGUCGUCUUCAAUCAACUAUCUUCCCACUUUGGAAAGUGUUGUAGCUUCCUUGAGGACAUUCGAGAAAGCUCAUUGACCAAGGAGGGCAUGGUUCAAUUGCAGAAAAAAUUACUACAUGACAUUGUUGGUUCUGGAUUUACAGAAAAAUUCAAGGAUAGUGAACAAGGAAUGCAGAUGAUUGGAGAAACACUCCACACUAAGGUUCUUGUGGUUUUGGAUGAUGUUGAUAAUAAAGAGCACAUUAAGAAACUAAUAGGAAAUAAUUCAUUACAUUCAGGAUCUAGGAUAAUCAUUACAACGAGAAACACAACUACUAUGCAAGUUGAGGGAUUUAAAGGUAAAAUUCUACGGUAUGAGAUGUUAAAGAUGGAUUAUGGUGUUGCACUUCAGCUUUUUUGUCGGCAUGCCUUUCGUAGAGACUCUCCUUUCGAUGAUUAUCAUGGGCUUUCAAGCGAAAUUGUCUCAAGUACGGGAGAACUUCCUUUGGCUAUUGAAGUUAUGGGUUCAUUACUUAAUGGGAAAAACAAAGCAUUUUGGGAAGAGACAUUAGUUAGGUUAAGAAGUGUACCUGAGGAAGAGAUUCUAAAGAAGCUAAGGAUUAGCUAUGAUGACCUAGACGAAUAUCAGCAACAAAUUUUUCUUGAUAUAGCAUGCUUCUUUUUUAAUGAGAAUAAGACUUGUGCAAGUUACAUGUGGGCCGAUUGUCAAUUUUACCCCGAAAGAGCAAUUGAUGUCCUUACCUAUAGGUGCUUGAUAAAGAUAUUAGACGAUGAUAAGUUAUGGAUGCAUGGUCAACUAAUAGACCUGGGAAGGCAAAUUGUCCGUCAAGAAAGUCCAAGUGACAUUGGAAAGCGAAGUAGGUUGUGGAUUGCAAAAGAGGCAUUUGAAAUUAUAAGAACCGAAGAGAGGAAGGACAAGGUUCAAGCACUUGAGAUAGAUGGACUGGAAGAUUACAUAGAGAUUACAAAUGAAGAGUUUGAAAGGUUACAAAACCUAAGAUUCCUCAAGUUAGGCUUUGGAACUUUUGCUGGGGACUUUGCAAACUGCCGAUCAAAGUUGAGAUGGAUUUCUUGGCAUUCUCCUCAUGAUGAUUUUAGGGCGGACAAUAUAUAUUUCGAUCAUCUUCUUGUUUUCAAACUUGAAGAUAAUAGCUUCACGGAUGAUUCGAAAGCAUGGGACUUGAUCAAGAGGGCACAAAAUUUGAAAGUUCUAUCUCUUACUUGGUGUUUGGGCAUAACGACAAUUCCAGACUUCUCUAAAUGCUUAGGUUUAGAGAGGUUGACUCUUGCACACUGCUAUAGCUUGCAGAGAAUUGAAAACUUCAUUGGAGACCUACAAUCAUUGAUUGUAUUAGAGAUUGAAGGGUGCAUGGAUCUUAUAGAUUUGCCUGAGGAAGUGGGAUCACUAGUGAAGCUUAAGCGCUUCUCUUUGCGGGAAUGUUCUGGGUUGAGAGAACUUCCAGGCUCGCUUGGGAAUUUAACCUCAUUGAUAGAGUUAAAUUUAUCACAUACGGGCAUUGCCAUACUUCCAAACUCCAUCAAAGGACUAGUGAACCUUGAGUCUUUUCUUUUAACACACACGAGCAUAAGGGAACUUCCCAACUUCAUUGGAGAGUUGAAAUCAUUACGCGUAUUGCAUUUAUCAAGAAAAGGAUCAUAUUCUACGGUGCAUCAUGUUUGGCAGUUACCUAGUGGCAUCAGCAUGUUGGAAAAUCUUGAAGAGUUAGAUCUCUCUGGGCGUUCUGAAAUGAAAGGUGAAAUUCCUGUUGGAAUUGGAGAGUUGUCAUCUUUAAGAAUCCUAAAUUUAAAGGACACCUAUAUAUGCGGAAUUCCAAGGACAAUCAACAAGCUUCAUCACCUCCAAACACUAGACUUAAGAGGUUGUCAUAUGAUUCAAGUAUUGCCGGAGCUUCCCACAAGUUUGACCUGUCUACUUCUUGAAUCCGAAUCAUUGCUCUCAAUCCCUAAUCUAUUGAACCUUACUAAUUUGGUUGAAUUGCUAAUAAGUGAUGGCUCUGGCGAUAUCGGCAAAUCAAACCUAAUCAUAAAAUGCAACUUAAGGUGGAUUGGGAGUAUAUCUAGACUGAAAAAGUUAGAUUUACAUCUGGUCAACGUCCCUGCACCUCCAGAGUUGGCUUCUCUUUCUAAUUUGGAAGAGCUUACUUUGUCUCGCCUAGACCUAGAAAACCUCGUGCACCUUCCGCCGUCCCUGCUAAGAUUGAAUUUACCAUUCUUCAGCAUCAGGUGGGCAGAGUUGCUUCCCUCCUACUUGAGAUUGAGAAAUUUGUCAACUUUAGAGUUCUAUCGUGGUGAAGUGGAAGACAUUCCACUCGAUGGACUUCCACAGUUGGAGAACUUAACUAUUGACGAUUGUAAACUACUUCAGAGAUUAUCCAUUCCUUUGGAAUUGAGGAAGCUACGGCAAGCGUAUGUGUCUGAUUGUCCAGAACUAGUUGAGAUACAAAUUGCGGGUCAUUCAAAAUCAUUGGAAUCCUUCUGCGCUAUUGGGUGCAAAUCUCUGAGAAGAAUAGGUGGGUUGUCAUUCUUGAAGAAACUGGAGGAAUUGGUAAUCCAACGUUGCAAUGCACUUACUACUGUUGAGGGCCUUCACGAGCUAGAGUCUCUGAAAUCCUUGAAUCUCAGAGGGUGCACGUCUUUGAGAAGGUUGAUUAAUGCAUCUUGCACAAAUAUACCGGAUGAUUGCCUCGUCCAAAUACAGGGAUGUGGAGACCUCAUCAAAGAUUCUAGUCGGAGCUACCCAUUUGGAAUCUCUUGGAAGCGUUACAGAGAGGAGAUUCUUCUAGAUACAUAAAACAAGAGCUAAUCAUCCACCAGCUAAUUUAGCAAUAAUUUGCCGACCAAUAUGAUGUUGUCCGGUCGAGUUGCCAAAGGUGCGAGGGAGUGGAACAUGAUGAGAGAUCAUGCAAAGCUACGAGUGAAGUUGAGGAUCAAAGUGACCUUUCUUCCGUGAAGAGGGAUAGAACUUUGACGAUUAUUUGCAAAAACAGGCGGAGGAAGUGGGACCAGAUGUGCUUGAAACCCUGGAAGGGAUCCUAUAGAAAGAGGCAGAGCAUUGGGCAUAGCUUCAAGUUCAAGAAACAGCAGAGCU